CAUAAACAAGAAGAACAGGGAUUUAUCACAGGCCUCUUUACUGUAUAAACAGUAUAAAGUGUAAUAAUGAAUGAAAGUUAACAUGAUAUACGAUAAAAGCUUAAUUUUAUAAGGCUCAUAAACAUUUAAAACAGCACUACAAUCUAAGAAAAAAUACUAAUUUCAUAAAUAUACAUCUCAUCAAUAUUAAAGUACCUAAUAUUAAUACUCUACUACCAAGUUUACUAAUAAUAUUAAGGACAAAUUAAAUCAUGGCAGAAGAGAAAAGAUCUCUAUUACAAAUUUCAGCCUUAUUAACCAGUGAAGAACUUGAUAAAGCUCUCUCUAAAUGGUUUCAAAAACCAGCCACCUUCAGUCAUUGGGAGUAUGUCAGUGAAACAGGCAAAGGCGAUUCAUAUCUAAGCGAAGUAAUGAGAAUUAAAAUAUAUGGAAUUAUUAAUGGAGAGUCCGUGCACGUGCAAGUAGUCCUUAAAACAAUUCCCAAGAACGUUUGUCGUCGCCUCACAUUCCGGAGCCACGACUUUUUCAAAAACGAAAUAAACGUCUAUCAAAACGUCUUGCCUGUACUACUUGAAUUUCAAGCAGAAAAACGAGUCACCCAUCCGUUCACACAUUACGUAAAUUUAUUCCUAGCUCUCUCUGAUGGAGUUAAUGAUGUAAUAUGUUUAGAAGAUGCAUCUCUUGAUAAAUAUGGCAGCCCGGUACGUCAAGAGGGCAUUGACUAUGAACAUUUUAAACUAACGUCAGAAGUUUUAGCCAAAUUUCAUGCAUUGUCAUUUGCAAUGCGCGAUCAAAGACCAGAGGAGUUUGCUGAAAUCAGCAGUACAGUAUUCGAAACCUAUUACGAUCCAAAUUAUACAGAUUGGUAUGCCAGGUUUUGGAAAAGAAUAUCAGGCAUUGCUAUAGACGCAGUUGAAAAAGAAUAUCCCAAUACCAUUUAUGUGGAAAAAGUCAAAGCAUUUGCUGUUCCUGAACGCUACCAAGAUAUGAUUAAAGCAGUUCAAGAUAAAACUAACGGUGUUAUUUCACACGGUGAUUGUUGGACAACCAAUUUUCUAUACAGAUAUCAAAACAGUAAAGUAGUUGAUGCUAAAAUGAUAGAUUUUCAACUAUCAAGAUAUGCUAGUCCAGUUUUGGACUUGAUAUUUUGUAUCUAUGCAUGUACAGACCAAGAGUUACUAUUAAAGCACUAUGACGAUAUAUUGAAGAAUUAUUACAGUGUGUUAUCGAAUCAAAUAAAGGAAUUAGGUAGUAAUCCAGACAAUGUGUAUUCUUGGGAUACUUUUAUGGGUGAAGUUAAGAAAUAUUCGUACUUCGGUCUCGCAUUUAGUUUUGAAUCUACGCCAUUCAUCAUAUUAAGUCCUGAAGAUGCAAUUGUUAUGGAUAUGGAGGGCAACGAAAAGAAGAACAUCGACGACUUUUGGAAACUACAGCCAAUUGCAACUAAAGAGGGUAGAUUAAGAGAAGCCAACAAUGUAGUGCAUUGCGUUGAUAAUGGAUAUAUUUAAGUAUAAUUAUAGAAUACAUAUUAUAAACUGGCGUAGAAGCGGUCCAUGCGAACAAACAAGCAGUUAUUUUUUUAUAUUUGAGAGAGAAUUAUAACAGAGUAGUUGUUAUGUGGCUAU